GCGUUUUCCGAGCAAUGGAUCGUUUUGGAGCAUGGUGGUGGUCGUCUGUGAUAGCAGUGCUGCUGCUGGGCCUGGAAGCAAACGCCCAGCUCUCCAGUUCCUUCUACUCCAGCACUUGCCCCAAUCUCACCGAUAUCGUGAGGAACGUAAUCCAGUCGGCUGUGGCCAACGAGAAUCGAAUGGCGGCAUCGAUCCUUCGCCUCCACUUUCACGACUGCUUCGUUAACGGCUGUGAUGGAUCAGUGCUCCUCCAGGGCGGGGAGGAGAACGCUCCCCCCAACCAACGCUCCGCCAGAGGAUUCGAAGUCAUCGAUAGCGUCAAGAGCGCCGUGGAGAGCGCCUGCCCGGGAGUCGUCUCCUGCGCCGACAUCCUCGCACUGAGCGCCCACGAAUCCGUCACAGCACUGGGAGGACCCUCGUGGACAGUGGUGUUUGGCCGACGAGACAGCCUCAGCCCCGCGAGCGUGACCGACGUGAGCGCCAACCUCCCGGGACCAGGAUUCACGGCAUUGCGUCUCAUCAGAAGCUUCCAGAACCAAGACCUCUCCCCGCGCGACCUGGUGGCUCUCUCGGGAGGCCACACCAUCGGCCAGGCCCAGUGCUUCACAUUUCGCGCUCGCCUCUACAAUGGCACCGCGGGAGACAGCAUCGAUCCGGCGCUCAAGUCCCGGCUCGAGCAAAACUGCCCCCCAAGCGCUCCAAACGGCGACAGGAACUUGGAGAACCUAGACACCUCUCCCGCCACCUUUGAUAACACGUACUUCCAGUUGCUCCAGUCAACGCAGGGAUUACUCUUCUCUGACCAGCAGCUCCUGUCGGGCGGUCAGAGCGAGCUGGCCAGCAUGGUCAACGAGUUUGCGGGCGACCAGCAGGCAUUCUUUACCGCGUUUGCCAAUGGGAUGGUGAGCAUGGGCAACCUUUCGCCUCUCACGGGGAGCAGUGGUGAGAUCCGAGCAACCUGUCGCUCCUCAAACUAAUAUAGUCAUCUCUUGAAGCAUCUAAAAGAUGCCAAAAACAUACCAAAUCCAAUUGGAAGAAUUCCUUGUUGCGACGUAACAAAAAGAGCUUGGAACUGUUCU